CUUCUGAAGCGUGACCCUCAAAACGAUUUCCAUCACCCAUCAACAGGUUCAACACCAUGUCCACCGGCAUCAGGAAAUCCUCCCGUCUUGUUCAGAAAGCGGCCAAAGCAGCCCUUCAUGAAUCUCCUCCCCCGGUUAUAACCAAGCCCAAGAAGACAGUUGUCAAUGCAAAGCAAGCGAACAAAGCACGCAGGCUGACAGUAACCAAACCCGGACCGCGCAAUGAUGUCAACACAUGCAAGAAGCAGCGCCUAGUCAAGAAGAAAUCAGAAUUAGUGAAUGAGCUUGGGACCGACGCAAUUACAGCGACACGAACAGAGCGAUCGAUUUUGCCUAAGGGAGGCAAGACGCUAAAAACCAAAAAGCGAGCAGCCAUCUCAGAGGACGCUAACGCGGCGGAGUGCGAGGGUAAACCCAAACGACCUCGUAAACGAGCUAAGGUGCAUGGGGCAUCUACCGCCGCACCUAAAACAAAUCAGCCUGGACAGCACUCACCAGAAGAAAAGGAAGCCAUCACGACUUUGGUGCAGCCUCCUCAUCCUGUGAAUCCAACGGAUCCAUGUUCUCUGCUUCCAACAGAGGUCUGGCACAAGAUCCUGUCCCUUCUGCCGCUGUCCCAAGUCGCCAGGAUUUCUGUUCUCUCGGAAACAUGGCUUGAUGGGUCGCGUUCGUUUGCGGCCUGGAAGGCCAUAUGUCAGGCUGCCAACCUCGGUGAACCCAAGAAAAAGUAUCGAUCUCAUAUGGCACUCGUCUGUGUGCACUCAUUCUGGAUCUGCGACAGAUGUUAUUCACACAAGGCAGGCAGGGAGAGACCUUCAGACAUCCCACUCGCGAUGGCCGACGACGAUGAUAAUGGACUCAUUUGGUCGCUGUGCCGCGACUGUCGCCUCCAAUACUACAAGAAGCAUCCUGAGCCCCUCCGAGAGAACGAUGCUGGCGCGUAUGAGUUUCGGAUGCAUAAGAUGCCAAAAACAGAUGCCUUUUACAACUAUUCUUUCACCGAGACGGAUCUCAGAGACCUUCACUGCGAUGUACGACGGAAUCCCUACAAGCGUUUAGGCACCCCGAUGCGAUUGUACCGUACCUAUGAGCUUCAGAAGCGCGCUCUGGAACUGCAUGGAGGGUGGAUCGGGGUCGACUGCUGCAAGAAUAAGGUGGCGAGGAGCCGAAACAGGGCGUUUACGAUCAGAGAAAAAGGCAGAGACCCAAGCGCGGCAAAGGGCAAGGGCAAGGGCAAGGACGAUAACAAGAACAAACAAGGAGUUGACAAUGCUGGUGUUGCGGAAGGCAACCAGAAUCAAGACGAGACUAGUCGUGCGAAUCAGGAUGAAACCAACAGACAAGGGCAAGGCACCAGUCGGGAACAGCUCGAGGACGGUAGCAAUGUCGACAACAGCAUUGCGGGAACAAAUAGAUGCGCAGCUUUAAACGCUAUUGCUGGUGAUAUUGCGGGUCCCCUCGCUAUUGAGAACGAGGUCCAGAAUGCGAUCCAGGUCCAGGUUUAACUAGCCUGUGACCCAUGAUAUUGUACUUUUACAGUCUUGCGCAUAACUUCCUUUGCCCUUACCACUCAUUUUGCAUGCUCAUACUAUGCCAUGCUUCUGAAAGGGUUGAUAUCAGCAAUAAAAAUGUAUUCGAUUCAGCAAUUGCUCA